GUGGGCUUCGGACUCCGGGGAGCGGCGGGUUCCGCGGGCUGCCGGGGCGGCGCGUCGGCGCCAUGGGCCCCCUCACGGCGCGGCUGCUGCUGCAGCGCGGGCGACCCAAGAGCGACCGGCUGGGGCGGAUCCGGAGCCUGGACCUGUCCGGGCUGAAGCUGCACUCGGAGCACCUGGACCCCAAGCUGCUGGGCCGCCUGAAGCAGCUGCAGGAGCUGGACCUGUCCAACAACCAGCUGGACACGCUGCCGGCCAACCUGGGGCUGGCGCACCUGCGCGUCCUGCGCUGCGCCAACAACCAGCUGGCCGACGUCUCGGCCCUGUGCCAGUUCCCGCAGCUGGAGGAGCUCAGCCUGGAGGGCAACCCUUUCCUGACGGUCAGCGACAACCUCAAAGUCUCCUUUCUCCUGCCCAACCUCCGGAAGGUGAACGGCAAGGAUGCCUCCGCCAACUGCACGCAGGUGGAGAGCCUGAACCGCGAGCUGACCAGCAGGGUCACAGCUCACUGGGAGAAGUUCAUGGAGGCGCUGGGCCCGGAAAAGGAGACCCAGAAGGCCCAGGCCGACUUUGUGAAGUCCGCCGUCAGAGACGUCCGCUACGGGCCCGAGUCCCUCAGCGAGUUCACCCAGUGGCGUGUGCGGAUGAUCUCCGAGGAGUUGGUGGCCUCUGCUGGGACACGGGUCCAUGUGGCCAGUGUCCCCGAGAAGCCCCCAGAAGCUGCAGCUGCCCACAAGCCCAAGGCCAGGCUGGUGAAGCGACCCGAUGACACCCCACUCGGCCUCUCUGCCCCCAAGCGGGUGCGCGCCUCCCCGGCCGCCCGGAGGGAGGGCAGCCCUGGAGGCUUGGACAGCAGCCAGCCUGCCCUGAAGCUGGAACCGCUGCACUUCCUGCAGUGCCACAGCAAGAACAACAGCCCGAAGGACCUGGAGACCCAGCUGUGGGCCUGCGCCUUCGAGCCGGCCCCGGAGGAGGGGAGCUCGGGGGCCACGUCGCAGACCGUGGCCACCUGCGGCGGGGAGGCCGUGUGCGUGAUCGACUGCCAGACGGGCAUCGUGCUACACAAGUACAAGGCGCCUGGCGAGGAGUUCUUCUCGGUGGCCUGGACGACGCUGACGGUGGUCACACAAACCGGCCACAAGAAGCGCUGGAACGUGCUGGCGGCUGCGGGCCUGCGGGGCCUGGUCCGGCUGCUGCACGUGCGCGCCGGCUUCUGCUGCGGAGCCAUCCGGGCCCACAAGAAGGCCAUCGCCACCCUCUGCUUCAGCCCAACUCAUGAGACCCACCUCUUCACGGCCUCCUAUGACAAGCGGAUCAUCCUCUGGGACAUCGGGGUGCCCAACCACGACUAUGAAUUCCAGGCGAGCCAGCUGCUCACACUGGACGCUGCCUCCAUCCCCCUGCGCCUCUGUCCCGUCCCCUCCUGCCCGGAUGCCCACCUGCUGGCCGGCUGUGAGGGCGGCUGCUGCUGCUGGGAUGUGCGGCUGGACCAGCCCCAGAAGAGGAGGGCAUGUGAGGUGGAGUUCGUGUUCUCCGAGGCGCCCGGGCGCAGAGUGGACGGGCUGGCCUUUGUGAACGAGGACGUCGUGGCCUCCAAGGGGAACAGCCCGGGCACCAUCUGCCUGUGGAGCUGGAGCCAGACGUGGGGCGGCAGGGGCGGCCGGUCCUCGGUGGCCGUGGUCGUCCUGGCCUGGCUGCAGUGGUCGUCCACCAACCUGGCCUACUUCUCCCUCAGCACCUGCCCAGACGAGGCGAUGGUGCUGUGCGGGGACGAGGAGGGCAACGUGUGGCUGUACGACGUGAGGCAGCUCCUGCGCCAGCCGCCUGCGCAGCCGGCACCCCCGCAGGCCCCUACGCAGGUCCUCAGAUGGCCGCAGCCCUGGGCCCUGGGCCAGGCCGUGAGCAAAACCAUGGUGAACAUGGUGGUGGCCGACCCCACCUUCAGCUACCUCACGGCGCUGACCGACUCCAACAUCGUGGCCAUCUGGAGGAGCCGGCCGCACCCUGGCACCACGGACACAGCCUAAGUCACUGCGCCCGGGG